UCGACAGUCGACAGUGGUAUCGCGUCAGCCGCAUCGUACUGACGUGACGACGGUCGUUUUACGGCAAUAAUCGCUGUUCGCGCGCUCGCGUCUCUACAGAAAUAAAAACGAAAUAAUUUUACUAUUAUUAUUGUCGUCGUCGCGGUCCGCCGUGAAAACUAACCGUGUUCAGUUUAAGUUCGCCAAUUAAACACCUACCUGUAGGCAUAUAUUCCGUGUGUGAAUCCGUUCGUUUACCAAGCGCGACGAAUUUUCGAUAACUCCUUUGGUCGUUGGUCAUGCGGUCUUAGACCGAGAAGAAUUUUUUUUUCUCCUCCACACCGUUAACCUUUUGUUGGCCAAUCGCUCCGCUCGCCGUUUUCCGCGCCGAAAGAGAAUAUACACGCACGGCCGCCAUGCCGCUGUUCGGCAAAAAAGACGUGUCGAAGAAAACGAAGAAGGACGCAGAAAAGUCGCAGUCCAUCGAAGACAAGUACGACGUCAAGGACCUGCUUGGCACGGGUGCUUUUUCCGAAGUCCGAUUGGCUGUGAGCAAGGAACGUCCAAAUGAAAUGUAUGCCGUAAAGAUCAUCGACAAAAAAGCGUUAAAAGGCAAAGAAGACUCUCUGGACAACGAAAUCAAAGUAUUGAGAAGGUUCAGUAAGUCGGUGAAAAGGAGUGAUCAUUCGAGGACCGACGAUAAGAACGAGGGUCAAUGGCUCACUCAUCCAAACAUCGUGCAAUUGUUGGAAACGUUUGAAGACAAAUCCAAAGUGUAUCUCAUCAUGGAACUAGUAACUGGAGGCGAGUUGUUCGACCGCAUCGUGCAGAAAGGUUCAUACACCGAAAAGGAUGCUGCCCAUUUAAUUCGCCAGGUACUGGGAGCUGUGGAUUACAUGCACGAACAGGGUGUCGUGCACAGAGAUCUUAAGCCAGAAAACUUAUUGUACUACAGCACAGAUGAAGACAGCAAAAUUAUGAUCAGUGAUUUCGGAUUAUCUAAGAUAGAAGAUUCUGGUGUAAUGGCAACUGCUUGCGGAACUCCUGGAUAUGUCGCCCCGGAAGUGUUGGCUCAGAAGCCCUACGGAAAAGCAGUGGACGUCUGGAGCAUCGGUGUUAUUUCGUACAUAUUGUUGUGCGGAUAUCCGCCGUUUUACGAUGAAAACGACGCGAAUCUCUUCGCUCAAAUUCUAAAAGGUGAAUUUGAAUUCGAUUCUCCAUACUGGGACGACAUUAGUGAUUCGGCAAAAAACUUUAUAAGGCAACUGAUGUGUGUUGACGCAGACAAGCGUUAUACGUGCCGUGAAGCACUGGCUCAUCCAUGGAUAUCUGGUAACGCGGCCAGCAGUAAGAACAUUCACGGAACUGUUUCGGCUCAACUCAAAAAGAACUUCGCCAAAUCCAGAUGGAAGCAAGCAUACCAUGCGACAACGGUGGUGCGACAGAUGAAAAAAAUGGCCUUGAACAGCGGAGCAGGAAUUAGCCAGGAUGCUAGAAUGGACAACCAGGACUGUCUGGUCAACGGAAUGACCGAAUCCAACAGACUCUAAGAAUUUCUCGUUUUACUUUCAUAUUAUAUUAUCAUGAUUAUUAUUAUUACUCUUCUAAUUUUUAAAUAUCAUUAUUUUAUUUUUAUUUUUUUUUAUUAACGAGAAUAAUUCUACACAUAUCUCUUAUAUUUAUAUAUAUAUCAAUCAAAUAUAAACUCUAUAACCAGUACCCGUCACCUAAUCAAUUCGUCUAUAUACAAAUAUAUUAAAUCAUAAAAAGAGACAAUAUACCAUAGGUAUAUAUUAUGAUAUUACGUAAGUGUACU